CUGCCGGCCAGGCACCCGCAGUCUCUCUUGAGCUUUGCUCUUUCCUCUUAGAGCACCGCAUACCUAGAAGCUGCUUCCCGACGGUGCGGUGCAGCACAGCAGCACAGGGGCCCAGCGUUCCUGCCGCGCAGCCCCUCUGUCGCGGGUCCCCUCCCUCGGGGCUGAUCAUUAACUCAAAAGCAGUAUAAGGAGUGAGUGGCCCCGGUGAGCCGGUGAGCCGGUGAGCCGGAGGGACUCGUCAUCACCGCCAUGGACAGUAGCACCUUGAGCCCCGCGGUUACUGCCACCGAGGCACCCAUCCCGUCCUACGAGCGCAUUCGCAAUGCGGCUGACAUCUCAGUCAUCGUCAUCUACUUCGUGGUGGUGAUGGCUGUUGGGCUGUGGGCCAUGUUUUCCACUAAUCGUGGGACGGUUGGAGGCUUCUUCCUGGCAGGCCGAAGUAUGGUGUGGUGGCCGAUUGGAGCCUCUCUCUUUGCCAGUAACAUUGGAAGUGGUCACUUUGUGGGGCUGGCGGGCACGGGAGCAGCCGCAGGCAUUGCCAUGGGUGGCUUCGAAUGGAACGCCUUGAUUUUGGUGGUCGUGCUGGGCUGGAUAUUUGUCCCCAUUUACAUUAAGGCUGGGGUGGUGACGAUGCCGGAGUAUCUACGGAAGCGGUUUGGAGGCAAGCGGAUCCAGAUCUACCUUUCUGUUCUGUCCCUGCUCCUCUACAUCUUUACAAAGAUCUCUGCAGACAUCUUCUCUGGGGCUAUCUUCAUCAAUCUAGCCUUGGGCCUGGAUAUAUACUUGGCCAUUUUCAUCCUGCUAGCAAUCACUGCCCUUUAUACAAUCACAGGGGGUUUGGCAGCUGUAAUCUACACGGACACCUUGCAGACCGCGAUCAUGCUGGUGGGCUCUUUUAUCCUGACUGGGUUUGCUUUCCAUGAAGUAGGAGGGUAUGAAGCCUUCAUGGAGAAGUACAUGAAAGCUAUUCCAACUCUGGUUUCUGACGGAAAUCUAACCAUCAAGGAAGAAUGCUACACACCCAGGGCCGACUCAUUCCAUAUAUUCAGAGACCCCAUUAAGGGAGACAUGCCGUGGCCUGGGCUUAUCUUUGGCCUGGCCAUACUCGCCCUGUGGUACUGGUGUACAGAUCAGGUCAUUGUACAGCGAUGCCUCUCAGCCAAGAACAUGUCUCACGUGAAGGCUGGCUGUACCCUGUGUGGCUAUCUGAAGCUACUGCCCAUGUUCCUCAUGGUGAUGCCAGGGAUGAUCAGCCGCAUUUUGUAUACAGAAAAAAUCGCCUGUGUCCUCCCCUCAGAAUGUAAGAAAUACUGUGGCACACCAGUGGGCUGUACCAACAUCGCCUACCCAACGCUGGUGGUGGAGCUCAUGCCUAACGGUCUUCGAGGCCUGAUGUUGUCUGUCAUGAUGGCUUCCCUCAUGAGCUCCUUGACCUCCAUCUUCAACAGUGCCAGUACGCUCUUCACCAUGGACAUCUACACCAAGAUCCGGAAGAAAGCAUCUGAGAAGGAGCUCAUGAUUGCAGGAAGGCUGUUCAUCCUCGUGUUGAUUGGCAUCAGCAUCGCCUGGGUACCCAUUGUGCAGUCUGCCCAAAGUGGGCAGCUCUUUGAUUACAUCCAGUCUAUCACCAGUUACCUGGGGCCGCCCAUUGCAGCUGUCUUCCUGCUUGCCAUUUUCUGCAAGAGAGUCAAUGAACAAGGGGCCUUCUGGGGACUGAUUCUAGGCUUCUUGAUUGGAAUCUCCCGUAUGAUCACUGAGUUUGCCUAUGGAACUGGGAGCUGCAUGGAGCCCAGCAACUGCCCCAAGAUCAUCUGUGGGGUCCACUAUCUGUACUUCGCCAUCAUCCUCUUCGUCAUCAGCGUUAUCACCAUCUUGGUCAUCUCCUUACUCACCAAGCCCAUUCCAGAUGUGCACCUGUACCGUCUGUGUUGGAGUCUACGCAACAGCAAAGAAGAGCGUAUCGACCUGGAUGCAGGAGAGGAGGAGGAUAUUCAGGAGGACUCUAAGGACAUGAUGGAAAUAGACACAGAAGCCCCCCAGAAGAAGAAAGGAUGCUUCAGGAAGGCAUAUGACCUGUUUUGUGGGCUGGACCAGGAUAAAGGACCAAAGAUGACUAAGGAAGAGGAGGAAGCCAUGAAGAUGAAGAUGACAGACACUUCUGAGAAGCCUUUGUGGAGGACAGUGGUGAACAUCAACGGCAUCAUCCUACUGGCUGUGGCUGUCUUCUGCCAUGCCUAUUUUGCCUGAACCCUGCCUUCUGGUGUGGACUCGGCAUCUCUGGAAUUGUUAUUCCCCUCAGACCCACUCUGUAGUGGUAAGGGGAAACUGGCCAGUUGUAAAUUUCACGCAUUCACAUUCGGAUAAAAGAUGUAUAAGUGUGAUUAUAGGCUUGCUGGAGGAAAGUGAUUACAUUGCUGUGAGCGUAUGCAUUUGAAGCCGGUGUGCCACACUCAUCUGCCAUGCCAGAGCUUUAGAAGUGAAGUUGACUCAGAUAUAGGAAAAGUCAUACCAAGGCACAGAAGCCCUGUGUUGUCUGAUGUCAUUCUGUCUCAGGUAUAUCCCGCUUGUAAUUAUUGUUUAUAAUCCUUAAAUACUAUUUUUUAAAAUUGUA